AUGCCGGCCCCGCUGCUCCCGCUGCUGCUCCGGGCGCUGCUGUCCCGCCUGCUGCCGCCCCUGGCGCGCGCCGCCCGCCGGCGCCUCCGGCCGCCGCGGCCGCUGCUGCGCCGCCUGGCCCAGCGCCUGCGCUCCCGGGCCGCGCGCGAGGCCCUGCUGGGCUGCCUGCUCCUCGUCCUCAGCCAGCCGCAGCCGCCCGAGGCCGCGGAGCCGUCCCCGGCCGGCCGGCGGGAGCGGGGCGCGGGGCUGGGCGCCCCCAAGUGA